AUGUCAUCUGAGGCGUCCUGUUCAGGCUUUGAACCUCAAAUAUAUCUACGUGAACGCUGCAAGAACUGUUUCAGUUUACGUUCAAAGCAUGACGUGAAAAAUGACACCGAAAGGACGGCCAUUAUCAGUAAUAACACUGAUAACAAUUCUACCAAUCAGAAACAACAACAAGAAUCUCUUGUUACUUUAAAUACUACAAAAGAACGAAGUCGAGAAAAGCGACGUUCCUGGCGUGAUAAAACAACAACUGUGCCGGAUAACGGUGCUCCGGAACAUGUUACUGAAGGUACUGAAGACGAUACAACAUCAUAUACAUCAUAUAAAUCAGCUAAUUCAAAGGAUAUUUCAACUGAAAAAUCACCUGAAAGCAUAUCAGAUACAAAAAGUAUGAUUACAGCAAUUUCUGAAAGUAUUCAAGAUGAUGAUCGAGCAAUUACACCUGUGGAAAAUGAUAUGAAUUUUGAUACAACAAUGAUGAAAGCAGAAAUAGCACAUCUGAGAGAAGAAGUAAUUAAAUUAAAAGAAGAACGACAAAAAUGGACAAUACGAAAAGAAAAAUGUCAAAACUCAAAUGAUGAAUCACUGGUUGAAAUGCUGGAAGAGAGAUUAGCGGAAGCAGAAAAUUGCAUUCAAGAUUAUCGUGAUGAAAAUACCGUACUAAAAUGUGAACUUCGAGAAUUACAGGAAUGUGAAAGCUCAAAUGAUAAUCGUAAUGAAAUGAAUGUAAAAUUGGCGGAAAAAUUGAAAGCUUCGGAAUCAUUAUGUGAUGAAUUAAUGGAAGAGAAUGAAUCAUUAAAAGCUGAUAUUAAGGAUUUGCAGCAAGAAAUUGAAGAAAUGCAAGAUCAAUAUCGCGAGGAGGAAAUUGAAGAAUUUCGUGAACUUCAACGUGAAUUGGAGCAAAACGCAAAGAAUUGUCGAAUAUUACAAUUUAAACUUCGAAAAUCUGAACGCAUGCGUGAAGAAGUUGACGCUAAAAAGCAACAUCUUGAAGCUAAAGUGAAAGAUCUCCUGGAAGCUUCAUCUGCAACCGGUAAUGGAUUACAGACAACCGGAAAGCAAUUAGAUGCAAUACGAAUAAAAGAAUUAGAAUCAGAGUUAAGAAUUGCUAAAGAAGUUUCUGUUAGAUUGCAUAAUGAACUUGAAAAUGCUGAAGAGAAGCGAUAUAAAUUAGAGGACGAAGUUUUUUAUAUGAAAGAUAAAAUUCGUGAAUUACAAACGCAAAAUAAAUGGAGAGAAGCACGAAAUCGAGCAGAACAACAAACAAAAAGAAGUACUACUGAUGUGUCGAAUAAUUCAAUUAAUUCUAAUAACAGUAAAGAAAUACAUGAUAUAUUAGAACGUGAAGCAGAUUUGAGAGAUCAGUUAAAGUUUGCUGAAGAAGAUUUGCGCCGAACACAACUUAGAUUACAAGAUGUUGAAAAUGAGAAUGAAGAAUUAUUAAGGAAGUUAUCACGAUUGAAGACAGUUAAAAGACCACCAAUGAUACGAUCAUUCAGUGAAGGUCAUGCACAAAUGCAAUUGGAAUUGGCUGAACAUGAAAUGGAGCAUUUGUCAACCAAAGUAGAACGUUUGGAAAAGAAAAAUAUUCAUCUUUCAAAGAAAAUUAUGGAAAUGGAAAUGGAUUCAAAAAAAUAUUUGGAAAAUGAAGAAAUUGUUAAUGGACGAGCGAAACAAUUUGAAGUACCACCAGAAAUGCAGCGUGAUAUUGGCAAAUUAAUGGGAACAAUUAGUGAAUUAGAACGUAAAAAUUUAGAUUUAUCAUUAAAACUUAAACAACAAAGUGAACUUAAUUCAUCAAUACCGUCCGAAAAAUCUCAAACUGAAUUAAGAAUAGAAAAAGAACAUAAAAGAAUUAUUGAAAAUGAACUGAUGGAGUUAAAACGAAUGAUGCUUCAAUCAGAUAAUCAAAAGUUAAUCUCUAUGGCUACAAAGGUGGAAUUAUUGAAUAAUCAACUUUUAUUGGUGAAUGAUCGUUGUUCAAAUCUUCAUCGGCGAAUUGUCAAAGAAGGUAGCAAUGAAGCAGCAUAUACGGACUCGUUAAAGAACAAAUGUGAAGAACUUGAAAGACAGUUAAGUGAACAAAAAGCCAAAAAUGCUAUCAGUUGCUCACAAAUUGACAGUGCUACUACGGAUGAGAUUGAACAAUGUUGUGAAGUACUUGCAUCGGUAGAAGCACAAACAAAUCGAAUUUGCAAACAAAUUGAAAAAAUUGAUAGUGCACAAAAGGACGAACGACGGCGCUCAUUAUCUAAAGACAAUAGCGCGACAAUUAUUGCUGAAUUAGCAAGUGUGAUGUCCGAACUAAAUAACGUUCAUCAGUUACUCGAAGCACAUAAAGUUAAUAUAGUAAGCGCAAGAGGUUCGCCAGUGAAAAACGUAGCAAACGUGAACUCCGAGCCAAAACCAUGCAGUAAAUGUAAAGAAAAUGAAACGUUUAUUGAAUCACAAAAGGAUGAAAUUAUCUUCUACAAGAAGAAAAAUAAGGAGCUUACUAAUCAAAUUCUGCAGACAGAAGAUCGUUGGACUGCUGAAAUUGAAAAGCAAAGGCAAAGCUAUGAAAAUGAAGUUCGAAUUCUACAUACAAAAUUGAAUGAUGCGCAAAAGAAUGUAAUUGAGCAAGAACAUUUAUUGGAAUCACGAACUGUUGCAUUAGCAGAGAAAACUCGUAUGAUAGAGGAGAGAGAUGAAAAAUGUGAUAAAUUAAAAAGAGAAUUAUUUGUUGUAAAGAGAGAAAUUCAGGAUAUUGAAGCUAAUCGUAGAUCUGCUAAAGAAUUUGAAAUCAAAUAUAAGAAAUUAGAAUCGAUGUUUAACUUGGAAAAGGAAAAAUUAGCUGAAGAAAGGAUGAAAUCAAAAUUAGAAGUGACAUUAUUAAAGAAGAAAUCAGAAGAAACAUUACUCGAUCUUGAGAAAUUACGUAACAGUUACGUGAAAAAGGAAAAGAUAUGGCAAGAAAAACGUGAAAAGAUUGAAGAUGAAUUAGCAUAUUUGAGAAAACAACUUAAUAAAGAUGCUACAAAUGAUAACACAGAUAGCAAAACAAUUGUUCCUGAUCUCAAUUCAUCUAUUUCUAUCAUACAUCAAUCAGCUAAAGCACCAGUAAUAACAAAUCAUAAAAAUGAUGAUGUCAUCGAUCUAAACGAUCAAAUUAUCAUUCUACAAAAAAAAAACAAAGAGCUAGCGAAUGAAAUAUCAAGCGUGAAACGUGAUAAUGAAGACUUACGUAUGGAACUUGCUUCAUUACAGCAAAAAUGGACAAAAGAUAAGAAUGAUUUAUUACAUAAAGCAAAACAGGAAGAAAAGAUUCGGAAUGUAGAAUUUGAUGCAUUACAACAAAAGUUCGCAAGUCGAAUGCGAAUUAUGGAAGAUACUAAUAAAUCAUUACAUUCACAGUUAGUGCAAGCGCGACGUGAUCGCGAUUAUCAUCGUGAAGCAUUGCAUACAUUUGAAAGUAAGGUGUCGGAGGAACAACGUCGCAGUGAAAAUGAUUUGAAACAAUUUAAGGAAUUAGAACAACGAAAUAUCGAUAUGGUAAAUGUUUUUCUUUUUUGGGUUAAACAAAUAAAAGAUUUAAAAGAAGAAGUGAUCAAAUUGAAUGCCGAUUUGAAAUUAGCAAAAGAAACACAUGAAGCUGAUCGUGCUCUAUGGAAUGUUGAAAAAUCACAUAUUAAACCUAAAAAGAUGACAAAUUUAGCUGGUAAUACUGUCAAUGAUAAACAAAAUAUUAAGAUGACAGAAAGUGCACUGAAAAGUGCCGAAAUGGUUCAAAAGAAAUAUGCGGAAUACCAAAAUUUUUAUGCAAAAGAAAUGGAACGAUUAAAUGCAAAAAUGAAUGAAAUUUUGAAUGAAAAUAUUUUAAAACAACAAGAAUCAGAACGAAUAACAAAAAAUUUACGUGAACAAAUUAAAGUGUUGGAAAUAAGUCAACGAAAUUUGAUGGAAGCACGUGAUAUGCAAUUAGGUGCAAAAGAAUUUUUAGAAAAUGAAGUUGAAAAAUUACAAGAAUUGUUGAAUUUAAAUGAAGUUCAUCGAUUAACACGAAAGUAUAAAUUAUCGUUAAUUAUUGAACAGUUGGAAAUAUUAAUCGAUUCACCAAAUAAAUCAUCAAAUGUUGGAAAAGAUAUAUUGAAUAAUUUGAAAGCUUUUGUUUCACAAUUAAAACAAAUGAAAGAUGACGAAUGCAAAUCAUUUCCGAUCAGCAAUGAGAAAAAACAAAACAAAGGUGAUGAGCGAUCAAAAUUAUUUACAAAUGAAUCAAACGAAGGUAAUGUUGUAUCAUCUCAAACAUUACAUGAUGGAACUUUGCAAUCAACAAUUCCAACUCGAUUUUAUUCAUAUAGUACACUUCCGACAUCGUCGUAUAAGUUAACAGCAACAGUAAAACAUUUAAGCGAAAGCAAUUCUGCCGUUGAAAUUCGACAAUUGGAUGAAUUUAUUACUAAUGGAACACAAACAACAAUUAAAAAAAUUUCGCCAUUUCCAGAUCCACCACCAACACUUAUUCUUAAUAAAGAAAUGGCAGUAGAAUAUGAUAAAAAUGGUCGUCUUCAUUACAUUCCAAAAAGUAUUUCACGUUCCGUUUCACGUGAUCGAUACGAUGAUAAUAAUUUUUCAUCAUGUGGUCUAAAUGAUUGUGAAGAAGAUCCAUCAGUUGAACCGUUGCAUUUACGAACAAAUAGCACUGGGACGAAUAUUUUGUAUGAUAUUCGGCGAGUUGAAUUAGCACGUGGUAGUCAACCAUCGGUACGCUUAAUGGCAAAAGCAUUUGAAACAAUGGAAGCAAAUGCAUCAAAAACACUUCCAAAUUCAAAACGUUCAUUAUUUGGUAUACGUAAAUCACGUUCGGUUGAAACUACGGAAAUAGGAAAAGGAAUUGGAAAUGUUACAAAAAAUAUGAUAACAUCCAUAGCACCGUCACCAGUAGCGGUAACAGUACUUGGACGAAAUACGUCACUUAGUCAUAUUGAAGAAUUAAUGGGUAGUCAAUCACCAUUUGGUAAUAUAUCACGUGGAAGUCGUAAUCCAUUAAAAAUUAUGAAAACAAAAUUGGUUGAACGUGUACGACGAAGUUUAAGUCGCUCAAAUUCCAAAAAAUGCCGAGAUAAUUCGUCAGAAAGUAGUCAAAGUAUUAAACGUGACGAUGAAGCUCAGCAGAAAAUUGAUGUACUUCAAAAAAUCAACAGAACAAAGGAUUCUCAUAAAACAUCCUCGCUUACAAAAAAACCUCGGACAAAAAAGAAAGCAAAGAAGGCAACAACAACAACGGCAACAACAACAACGACAACAACACCAACAACAACAGUGACGACAACAAUAAGUUAA